AUGAAGAUCACGGCUCUAAUGGUAUUGAAUUGUUAUGGAGUGACAGAACCAAAUCCUAUAAUAUUAGCAAAGGCAUGUGAUAUAAGUAAGUUUAGGUUUUUCAUUAGAAGAGGUGUCGGUGAAUUCAUUGUUUUCGUAGGUCGUACUGUUGCUCAAGAUACUCUUCCUGGACAACGUCAAUCUGUUCAACAUGAAGCAUACAAGGUGCAUUCUUACAACAUGAACAAUUUAUGUGCGUUGGGAUUUAUGGAUGAUCAUUACCCUGUCCGUAGUGCGUUCUACGUUCUCCACAAGGUACUAAAUGAAUAUGAGAAGAAUUUCGAUGACUCUUGGAAAAGUGCACAGGCGGAUGCAGCUCAACCUUGGCCUUAUCUGACUGAAGCUCUGAAAAAAUUUCAGGACCCUACCGAGGCUGAUCAAUUUUUAAAUAUUCAGAGGGAGUUGGAUGAGACCAGAUUUAUCCUUCACGAAACAGUCGAUAGGGUGCUAACAAGAGGGGAGAAGUUGGACAACUUAGUAGAGAAAAGUGCCGAUCUGAGUGCGGCAUCACGGACCUUCUAUAAGAAGGCAAAGGACACCAACCAGUUUUGCCCCAUAUUAUAG